CCACCAAGCUCUCUCUCUCUCUCUCUCUCUCUCUCUCUCUCUCUCUCUCUCUCUCUCUCUCUCUAUCUGUCUGUCGUCAGUUCACACUCACUCUCCACCAUUGACGAAUCUCCCACCCAUAUAAUUCUUGAUAAAUUUCAAAGCAUUUGAUUAGCACUAACCUCGGGGGCAUCGAACUCGCCGCCGCCGGAGCCCCAUGUCGACUCCUCCGCCGGGGUCCUCCCCGGUGCCUACCACCUCGCCUCCAGCUACCCCCGCUCCCUCCUCGCCUGCUCCUACCCCGGAUGCUCCGGCGCCGUCGACCGAGGCGAACGGCACCAGCUCCGCCACUCCGGGGCCGGCGACGCCUUCCAGCGACACCAACUCUACCGUCCCUCCUCCGCUUCCCCCGCUUCCGGGCCGCGGGGGGCUGCCACCCGGGACGCUGGCGGGGCUGAUAGUUGGGAUAGUGAUUGGCGGGCUGUUCGUGCUGGUAGGGGUUGGCAUUUUCGUGAUUUGCUACCGGAGGAAGAAGAGGAUGAGGCAGCAGUACGGCCUGGAGAACCACCCCGGAGCCGGAGGUCCUCCGCAGGGGCCUAAAGAUGAAUCUACUAUCACUCCUCAGCAUUUCCAACACAAUGUUACUCCAUCCAACAACAAAGCCUCAGCAUGGCCUAAGCCCACCCCUCCCGCGGGAUUCUCACCCUAUUCCCAGUCAGAGUCAUCAGUUCAAGCUCCAACACCUCCAAUGGCACCUUCUCCAAGCUUUCCGUUAGGGUUCUCCCAAAGCACAUUCACGUACGAGGAAUUAGCAGAUGCAACAGAUGGCUUCUCCAAUGCGAACUUGCUUGGUCAGGGAGGAUAUGGUUAUGUUCACAAGGGAGUCCUCGCAAAUGGGAAGGUGGUCGCAGUGAAGCAGUUGAAGGCCGGAAGUGGGCAGGGAGAGAAAGAGUUCCGAGCAGAGGUCGAGAUCAUCAGUAGAAUUCAUCACAGGCAUCUAGUUUCAUUGGUCGGAUAUUGCAUUUCGGGUGAACAGAGGAUGCUCGUGUACGAGUUUGUUCCUAAUAAAACAUUGGAGUUUCACUUACAUGGAAAGGACAGACCGACUAUGAGCUGGCCUAUAAGAAUGAGAAUCGCUCUAGGCUCCUCAAAGGGACUGGCCUAUCUACAUGAGGACUGUCAGCCCAAGGUCAUUCAUCGUGAUAUAAAGGCGGCUAACAUUCUUCUCGAUUUUAGCUUUGAGGCAAAGGUUGCAGAUUUCGGACUUGCAAAGUUUUUUGAAGACACAGAGACUCACAUCUCUACACGUGUCAUGGGAACUUUCGGUUACAUGGCUCCUGAAUACGCUUCAAGUGGGAAGCUCACUGAGAAAUCAGAUGUCUUCUCCUUUGGAGUUGUCCUCCUUGAGUUAAUCACUGGUCGCCGACCAAUCGACAAAGCUCGACCCUUUGCUGAUGACAGCAUGGUUGAUUGGGCCAGGCCUCUACUUGCGAAAGCCUUGGAAGAUAAUGACUUCGAGGCUCUUGCUGAUCCAAGGUUGGAGAAGAACUACGAUUCCAGUGAAAUGGCUCAAAUGAUAGCCUGUGCAGCUGCCUCUAUCCGCCAAUCUGCACGUCACAGACCCAAAAUGAGCCAAAUAGUUCGAGCUUUGGAAGGGAACCUUGCUCUUCACGACCUAAAUGAUGGGGUCCAACCGGGCCAUAGCAGGGCCUACAGUCCCUUCGGGAGCUCGGACUACAAUAGCGGGCAAUACCAGGAGGAUCUGAAGAAGUUCAGGAAGAUGGCUCUGGAGAGCCAAGAGAUAACUACCAGCGAGUACAGUAUGAGCGGACCCACCAGCGAAUCCGGUGCCCAGCCUUCCAAUUCGAGCAGUGAGAUUCCACGAAGCGCUGAAGAGACUGAAUCCGGAAAUAAAAAUAAGGAAGAUGCCCAAAUAGUUACUGAGAGCUCUUGAUGAUGAAGCGUAAUGGACUCUUGGUGGUUUUACCUUGUAGAUUUAGUUGUAAAGAAAGUAGGAUUUAGUCUUGAUUCGUAAUCCUCAGAUGCUUUAUUUACUGAUGAUAGGAAAAGAAAUCCAGUCGAGCCAAGGAUCUUUUCCGGACGUCAAAUACUGAGAAACCGGUCAUUCAUGUAACCGUUUCUUGGGACAAUGUCGAACUGUUUGAGCUGAGGCGGACUUCAAAGAUUAGGAAUUGAGGAGGGAUAUGAGUAGAACUGAGCGUCGGUUGGAUACGUCUUCAACAGUGUUACCUUUUUUCCCCUC